AUGGAAAACCUCAUAUAUGAGGUCAAGGUAUCUUUUGAUGUUACGUCCAUCUUUAUUUCUAUCCCUCAGGACCUGGCAAUCGAGACCGUCGAGGUACUCCUACGAAGCAAAUACAAUGAAACGGAGAAUCAUCUCGGACAUGCCCAAGUCCUUCAGCUCCUAAAGUUCUGUCUCAGGACGUACUUCACGUGUGACGGAACGAUCUACGAGCAAGUGAAGGAAACACCAAUGGGCUCGCCGAUUUCGGGAUUCAUCGCCGGGGCGGUCCUACAGCGGUUGGAGUCGCUGGUCUUCCAACACCACAGACCAAAAUUCUGGGCUCGGUAUGUGGACGAUACCUUCGUCGUUAUCGAACGGGAUCAGGUGCUAACGCUCAAAGAACGUAUCAACAGCGUCUUCCCGGACAUACAAUUUACGAUUGAGGGGGAAGAUAAUAACCAGCUGGCAUUCCUUGAUGUCCUCGUCUGUCGCAAAGAUUGUGGUGGCCUAAAGACCAAAGUGUUCAGAAAAGCAACGAACACGACGCAAAUACUGGACUUCACAGUAACCACCUAAUCAGCCACAAACACAGUUGCUCAAGAACGCUAUAUCGACGUUUUGAGACGCACUGCAAUGAACCGGAAGAAAAGGUUGCCGAAUCCCAAUAUCUUCGACGGGUUUUCAGAGAAAAGGGUUGCCUGCGCAACUUUGUCAACAGGUGCAUGUGCAAACGAGACGAGCGACAAAAUCUUGCCGACCCCAAAUUCUGGCGAGCGAUCUCGUACAUCAAGAAUGUCUCCGAGGCCGUUAGUCGCCUUGUUGCACCACUUGGGGUUGGAGUUGCACACACACCGGAGCCCAUCAUGAGGCGUCACGUGAUGUGACCAAAAGACACACUGCCACGACAAGAAACAUCUGGAGUCGUUUACCGGAUCUGGUGCAGUUGCGGACAAAGCAACUACGUCGGCGAAACCGGAAGACUGCUCCGGACGCGAAUUUCCGAACACACGGCAGCGGUACGGAGAAAUGACGCCAACUCUCAGGUCGCGACCCAUUCGACGAGACCCGGCCACACAUUCAAGUUCGAUGGGGCCGAAAUUCUCGCGAGAGGGGAUAAUCGCGUGAGCAGUGAGCUGCUUGAGUCAUGGUUCACGGCACCUUAGUCUAUCAACAAGUGCAACGACAUCCCCACUCCAUAUUUCGUGCUGAGGCACAGGCUGGCCAAAGUAAUUGACCACUCGGGGAGCGCGCAAGCCGGUGAGACAGAUGGCCGAGCAAUCAUCACGCCAGCUUUCAACACGGGUGAUGACAUUUCGGCAAUUAACAACUUGCAUGCCGGCCAUCAAGCAAUUAGCGCACCAGCGGACAACAGUCCUUGAUGAAGGAGAACGCGGUUAAUUGCUAUAGGUAUGCGGUAGCAUAGCGACUGCAUCCUAUAAACACUGCAACUUCCUGUGCACGAGUCACCCUUUUCUUUCUCUGUCUCUGAGGAUGGGUUCAGGUAAGAAUCCGAAACGUCAGGCGAAUAAAGCCCUUGUUACAGCGAUCGCUUCUUCUUAUGGCGGGCUGAUAUUUGUUUUUGCCCCGACGAUGUCCGAUUGUAGUCCGUUAAACACCGCCCCAUGGGGGCCAGUCCUUCCCGCAUUUUUGUUUUAUCAUGAGCGACAGUUUUUUCCUCCUGUUAAGUUAAUCCAAUCCCUUUUUUAAAUUUUUGUGUGGAGUUUCUUUUUCACUGCUCUCUAAUCAUUUUUCUUAACGGACUACUAAUUCAGAAACGGUGAAUUGCAUGUUGUACAGAUUCUGCCUACCUCGUCUAAAAUUCGUAUGAAAAUUUAUUUUUACUUGCUUUGAAUAGACCCAGAAGGUCUUAAAGAAAAACUAUUUAUUUAUUAUCUAUUCUAUCGGGCGCACAAGUCGGAUGCUCAGCAGGUUGACUUAGUCUUUCGUGAAAAGUUGCCUUGGCCCCUUCGGGGACGCUGCUGGAAGGAAAGAUCUUCAAAUCCACAGGACAGGAUCGUCCAUUGGAUGUCACCUUCCCAAACCUCAAAGAAGCGUUUGAUGGCAUGCCUCAUUGAGGACUGAUAAUCGAGGAUUAGACAGUGUGAGAAAUAAGGUAUCAUCUUGAGGUAAAUUAAAGUUUCCUUUCAUGAAGUUUGAAAAGAGUAAUUGUUGGUAUUACAGCAUCCGAAUGGGUGCCUGUAGAAAGCGGCGUUCACAGGGUUUUGUCUUGGGUCCUCUAAUCUUUCUCCUGCAUGUAAAUGGCUGUAUUGAAGAUUUUACAUGCGAUUUUAUCCUGUUUGCGAGAAGCUAUAAAAACCUGGAAAACGGCCGGCAGACAUUUCAAGAAAACGAUUACAAUCUGACUUCAUGGUCCAGGAAGUGGCUUCUAACGCUUAAUAUAUCCAAAUAUGUUGUUUUAUGAGUGGAAAGUGGUCGGAGAACCUUCUCAAAACAGGAGUAUACUACACAUGGGAUUAGACUAAAAGAAGUGGAUACGCAAAAAGACAAAGGAAUUUGGACACCUUUCAAACUUCCUUCCCUCCGAACACUUCAAAAGAACCGUCCAAAAGACAACGAACAACAUUCAUUAGACUAGGCGUGCUUUCGUGUUAUUGCGUUACCAAGGCUUACGCAUAUUUCCCUCAAUAAAUUGAACUGAAGUGAACUCUUUGCACCGAUCUUUGGCACGUUUUGGACCUCAUUUGGAAUAUAGGACGCCAGCAUGGAUACCUUGGGCGAAGAAAGACAGUGACUCCAUCGAGCGGGAACAACGACUGGCGACAAAACCAAUGGACGAUUUUAGAACUCUGACCUAAGGCCAAGAUAAAACCGCUGGUUUCAAAUUGAAAGAUAAGUAGAAGAUGUUAUUUAAAGUGAUUUUUCUAAGAGACACAAAGACUCUUAGUCUUCGUUUUUAAGUAAAGUUCUUUAAAUACAGCCCUAUUCUUUUGGAAUUAUCGGUUACCAUCUCCCCUUGGAUUUUUUAAAUAAAUUAAAUAAAUAUAAAAAAAUAAAUUUUUAAUUUAAUGCCAGUUUACAGGCAUUGCCAAGGGAUGCGAUUAAACACAAAUCCGACCAGCAGUGAAAAAAACUCCUGAGCUUAAGGCAUAAAAAUUUAGUUGAUGGUGGUUUUUGUGGUUUGGAGGGCUCAGGAGAAAAAAAACUGUCGGCGGUGGUAGAAUAUCGACCGUCAAGAAGGGGGGAGGUUGCACGGUAUCGGAGAUUAUCGGACGUCAAAUUCCUUUCAUGAAGUUGGGGAUAGUCAAAGUAGAGGCGUUGAGGAACAGCUGGUGAGACCGGCCAUAGUGUUCAGAGACCACAAACGCCAUCGGUACGGUACAGUCGAUCAGUAGAUUCAGCACCCAAAAUUUGCGGGAGCCUUUCUGAAUGCAAAAAUCGAGUAAAAGUUCUCUUAAAUAAAGGAAAAUUUAGCAGAGUUUUCACACUCAUGGGUAGUUUAUUCCAAAUAGCAAUUGCAUUUACAGAAAAGAACCGACGAUAUUUAACAGUACGUGCCAGAGGCAGAAAUAAGAAGACCUCACGGUGACUGUUACGACGUGGAUGGACAAGAUGUCGUAAAGUAGCGGGUGGGUUAAAUGUGUGAUUAUAUAAGAGUUUAAAUAGCAAAAAUAGUCCCCUUUGUAAUCUACGGAACCAUAAAGGAUCGAGGCCUGUAAGCCGGCAUCGUUCUUGGUAAGACAAAUGUCCGUGUGCCGGGGUUAAAAUUCUCUUAGUAAAAAAGUGUUGAACGGAUUCUAUUUUCUUCCGCUCAGUAGCACGCAUGAGGCUAAAUGAAAACGAACAGUAUUCCAGACCAGGUCUAACGUACAUGUUGAAAAGGCGCAUUCUAAUGUCCCUAGUUUUAAAAUUUCGCAGGAUAAACCCGGUCGUUCUGCGUGCUUUGGAGACUAUCAAGGCACAGUGCUCCGAGAGGUUGAGACUCUUGGAGUAUGAUACGCCCAAAUCCCUUCAAACCCCUGGCACAUUUAUUGCGUGAACUUCAAUACAUAGUUGAGGUUGACGGUCGUCGCCAACCACCAUGACUGAGCACUUAUGCCAGGAAAGAGAAAGGCGCCAUGUGCGGCACCACUGGGCGAAAGCCUGUAGAUCGCUCUUUAGGAGCUCAAGCACGCUGUCAUGAUCUGCCGGCCUAUAUCGAUAUGCAACUUUAUGAUCAUCGGCAUACAUGAAAGGCUUACCAUUCUGAAAUAAAUCGGGUACAUCAUUAACUAAAAGGCUAAAUAAAAGCGGACCGAGCACACUACCCUGAAUGACUCCACUCCUCACACGUGUGGGGUUGGAGAUGGUAUUGGAAAUCUUAACUCGUUGUGUGCGAGUGCCCAAAUAAGAGGAUAUAAAAUUCAAAAGUUUGCCACCUAUUCCGAAAGAGGACAAUUUCAAGAGGAGAAGAGCAUGGUCAACACGGUCAAAAGCCUUAGUGAAAUCGAAAUAUACUGUGUAAAGAGCAAAACCAUGGUCCCUAGAUUGGAGAACAUAGUCAAAGAAAGAGAGUUGACAGGUGUCACAAGAUCGAGCUUUGAGGAAUCCAUGCUGAGCAACACUCAGUAAGUUGUUCGCUGUUAAGUGACACAUCAUCUUAUCCUUGAUCAAUGUCUCUAAGAUCUUCGAAACUGCNAAAUCGGCAUAUUCGGCCUAACUGCAUUGCUAUGAGGGCUGGGGGGCAGUUGCGAACCCGCGACGUUUUGAGUCGGGGUAUUUGAGGCACUGUUCGCCGAUUGUGGAGGAAAACAUUUUAUACUGGUGCUGGAUUUAUUGGGUGUCCGAGUGGCUGAGACAGCAAUUGGAUUUGCCUUUGACUUAGACACAUGUUUAGGCUUACUAGGGGUUGCUGAGGGAGUCGAUAGAGGCGUGUUUAUAGCAGGCGUGGUGGUGUGUUUAAAGAGGUCAGCAUUAAAAGUAGUCGAACUCCCUACGGGAUUGACUAUGCCGUGACUUGCAGAUGCCGCAAGUGGUGUUGUAGAGGACAUAUUCAGACUGACAGUAGGUGUCAUUAUCUUGGUGUUGGUUUUUGCCGAUUUCAGUUUAUUCAAUCUACGCUGCAGGGGUGUGAGGUCUGGCGAAACGGAGCAGCGCCAUUUACGGCAGAAGUCUCUAUUCAUCUCCCUACACGACAAGAUAAAAUCGACUUCUAUCAUGGAGAAAAGGGUAACUAGUAUCGGCGCAUUACGACUAAGCGAGCGAAGUCGCUUAGCUUGUGCGACACUAAAACUCAAGCCACAACUUUGUAGGAACACAUGCGCUCCCUCCAUAGCAGAUAAGUGGCUCGGAAUGUUUCGCAGUACGAAAUUAUGCUUGCGUUUAAUUCGUUCCUCAGUUUCCGAACUUAUUACCGCAAUAAGUUUAAAAGCUUGUUCAAGCACUUUUUCAGAAGUGCUGUUUAUGUCUCCAUAAAUCAGCUGAUCGAUUAUUUCGCCGGCUGAUGGCCUGCUACGACUAGCAGAGGCGUAUUUUUGGACGACUGAAGGGUCGAGAGGUUCUUCAUGUACUAAAGGGAUUUGUGAGCUAAUGAGAUCUGCAGACGGCGAAGAACAUACGCUGGCGUCUGCCAUGUCUUCAGUCACGAUUUUAGCACAGAGAGACGGUGGGGAGGCCGCAAGCUUUCGCCUUUUAGCACGUGCUUUGCGAGGCAUUACAGACAAAAAAGUUUUUUCGUUACAGAAGAGAGAUCAAAACGGAAACGUGCACUGAGUAGUAAGUAUUACUGUUUUUUAACUAAGAAAACUAGAAAGCGGUAGUAGGGAAAGGAUUCACUACAAUGGAUUUUUACAAAAUACGACUAUUUUGCCAGACUGUCAAACAAACUGGGAAAAAAAUUUUACCUUAUAUAGAAAGGCGCCUUUUAAAACGGACUCAAGUAAAAAAACAGGCAUUAAUUACUUAAGAAUAUCCAGAUAAAUGCAGAGCUUCACUUAUCUUUGAAAUAGACUAUGACUAUUAACCACUAGUCGCACUUUGCAAUUCGCACUUUGUGCAUUCGCACGGUCUCAAACCGUUUAGAUUCGGUUUACACCAUUAAUCUCUCUCUAAAAUCCGGUCAUCAGAUCUGUCACAAGUUUAGUUAAUCGUAACUUUCUUCGAAACAAGAUAACAGCAGAAGUCACAGGUCAGCGAAGACUUUUGACCUCUGUACCUAGGCAGGACCCUGUUAAAUCCAAGUCAGAAAGCAUUAAUAACCAUUCGUCACUCGCUGUUAUUGGUAGGCAGCCUGAUCUUCCUGCGUUUCACAAUUACAACAAUUUUGUGCUGAAGUUUGGCACUAUGCUCUCAGUUCUGGGAAAGUUGUGUGACAGAAUAUCUCAAGUGUUCCUUCUCAAGAAUGCAAACGUCUCGACUCACUCGUUCACCUGGUUGUCAGUGAAUCAAAUGAUAGACAAAAUGGCUUGUUUGAAAAUGUUCCUCGAUCUGGACGGCCAACUGGUCUUGCGGUUGAUUUCCUGCACUGGUGUGGAUUUAACUAUAAAAUAGCGGGCGCCAAACACCUGUCUUCCCGUAUCAAACAUCCGCCCAUUUUAAAUAAAUAUAUAAUUUUUAUCAAAAACCCGUCGGGAUCCCAUCAAAGCUUUUUUAAGUUAAGUUAUUCUCAUCAAUAGUGAUGAAAAGGCGUUCGCGGGGCGGGGUAUAUUAGCGGUGGACAGCCCACACCUCAGGAUAUCAUAGAACUCAUUGGGGCCCUGCCUCAAGGUAUUCUUUACCUUCGAAGUGAUAACGUGUGAACAAAUCAAGGGCACUCCGAUGGGUUCACCAAUCGCCGGGUUCAUUGUUGAUGCGGUUCUGCAAAGACUCGAGAGGCGACUGUUCGAGAAGUACACACCCAAGUUUUGGGAAUUCUACGUUGAUGACAAUUGCAGUAUCUGGCCCGCGGAUUUCCAGCUGAAAAUAAGUUAGCUAACAAUGGUUACCAUUUUAACUGCCCGUCAUUCCCUCCCCAAGUCCUACCCCUUUUUAUCCAUCUCAGAAUUUUUCGAUGCCACAAAAUUUUUUGCAGAACCGGAUGGUUACAUCCGGACCGUUUGCUCCGUGGGCAGCCCAGAAAUGGACGAUGUAGCCCACCUCCCUCAGAAACAAACAACAUUUCCCUUCAAAACUUUUGUUUUAAAUGCCCGAUCCUUGCUUAAUAGGAUGCGUUUGCUUCAACCACUGGUGUUCGUCCAUUGUCCAGAUAUUGUUUUAGUAACUAAGACGUGGGCAUCAGCCUCCGUAGCUAACCACGAACUAUAUCUUCUAGGCUAUAAUUGCAUUGGAAAUGAUUGCCAAGAUAGCCGUGGUGGGGGCAGCUGCGUCUACGUUAAGCAAACACUUCGGGCAGGACCACCACGUCAGGGAGUACUUUCCAUGCUCCAGCGGCCCUCUGCAAGAUGGCGUUCCGGCGGACGUCCAUAUGGGCCAGCCUCCAUUGCAGUUAAAAGGGAUGAUCACACAGGCGGUCAGUCCCGGCCAAUUUGAUAAUUUGAUAAUUUUCAUUUAAUGCCAGUUAACAGGCAUUGUCAGGGAAGCGUGAAACACAAAUCCGGCCGGCAGUAAAAAACUCCUGUGGAAAAGGAAUAAAAGUAGGGUUGAUGGUGGUUUUUGUAGUUUGGGGGGCUCAGGAGAAAAAAAACUGCUGACCUCAAACUCACGACCGUCAAGAAGGGAGGGGUGGCACGGUUUAGCAGAUUAUUAGACGCCAAUUCCUUUCAUGAGUUUGGGGAUAGUCAAAAUAGAGGCGCGAAGGACAGCUGUCGCUGUUGGCCAAAGACAUUGUACCCGAUGAGACCGGCCACAGCGUUCAGAGACCACAAACGCCAUCGCUACGGUAAAGUUGAUCAGUGGAUUCAGCACCCAAAAUUUGUGGGAGCUUUUCUGAAUGCAAAAAUCGAGUAAUAGUUCUCUUAAAUAAAGGAAAAUUUAGCAGAGUUUUCACACUCAUGGGUAGUUUAUUCCAAAUAGCAAUUGCAUUUACAGAAAAGAACCGACGAUAUUUAACAGUACGUGCCAGAGGCAGAAAUAAGAAGACCUCACGGUGACUGUUACGACGUGGAUGGACAAGAUGUCGUAAAGUAGCGGGUGGGUUAAAUGUGUGAUUAUAUAAGAGUUUAAAUAGCAAAAAUAGUCCCUUUUGUAAUCUACGGAACAAUAAGGGAUCAAGGCCCGAAAGCCGGCAACGUUCUUGGUAAGACAAAUGUCGGUGUUCCGGGGUUAAAAUUCUCUUGGUAAAAAAGUGUUGAACGGAUUCUAUUUUCUUCCGCUCAGUAGCACUCAUGAGGCUAAAUGAAAACGAACAGUAUUCCAGACCAGGUCUAACGUACAUGUUGAAAAGGCGCAUUCUAAUGUCCCUAGUUUUAAAAUUUCGCAGGAUAAACCCGGUCGUUCUGCGUGCUUUGGAGACUAUCAAGGCAUAGUGCUCCUAGAGAUUGGAACUCUUGGAGUAUGAUACAGCCAGAUCCUUAAUAACCCCAGGCACAUUUAUGGCGUGACCUUCAAUACUUAGUUGAAGUUGGCGGUCGUCGCCAACCACCAUGACUGAGCACUUAAGCCAAGAAAGAGAAAGGCGCCAUGUGCGGCACCACUGGGCGAAAGCCUGUAAAUCAAUCUUUAGAAGUUCAAGCACGAUGUCAUGAUCUGCCGGCCUAUAUCGAUACGCAACUUUAAGAUCAUCGGCAUACAUGAAAGGCUUACCAUUCUGAAAUGAAUCGGGUACAUCAUUAACUAAAAGGCUAAAUAAAAGCGGGCCGAGUACACUACCCUGAAUGACUCCACUCCUCACACGUGUGGGGUUGGAGAUGGUAUUGGAAAUCUUAACUCGUUGUGUGCGAGUGCCCAAAUAAGAGGAUAUAAAAUUCAAAAGUUUGCCACCUAUUCCGAAAGAGGACAAUUUCAAGAGGAGAAGAGCAUGGUCAACACGGUCAAAAGCCUUAGUGAAAUCGAAAUAUACUGUGUAAAGAGCAAAACCAUUGUCCCUAGAUUGGCGAGCUGUAACCUUCGGCUGAAACCUGCGAAAUCGCCUGGCCCAGAUAGAUUUCCCGUCCUAGCACUUUGCGAACUUGCUAAUGAACUGUGCAAACCCUUAUCCGCAGUAUUUUAAAAGUCAUUUGAAGACGGCGAGCUACCGGAAAAGUGGAAGUGCGCACUCAUUACUCCGAUCGAAAAAGGGGGCUCAAGACUUGACUGCGGAAAUUAUCGUCCUGUCAGUCUUACUUGCAUCGCGUGUAAAAUAAUGGAACGCAUUAUCAAAAGACACUUAAUGAAAUACCUGGAACAGAACAAAAUAUUGUGUGAUGCCCAACAUGGCUUUCGUCCAGGGCGCUCCUGCCUAGCGAGUGUUCUUUAUUCGCAAGAGAAAUGGACACGAGCUACCGAUAAGGAUUUUCCAGUAGAUGUCAUAUUUUUUGACUUCAAGAAGGCCUUUGACAGUGUCCAUACAGGCUUCUUUUACAGAAUAUCUGGGAUGUAGGAAUUCAAGAAAGAAUGUUUAAUUGGAUGAGGAGUUUUCUGUCCUCCAGACUACAAAGAGUCGUCGUUAGUAAUUCUGCCUCGGAAUGGGUAAAGGUGGAAAGUGGUGUCCCACAGGGUUCUGUCUUAGGCCCAGUACUCUUCCUGAUUUAUGUUAAUGACUGCAUCAACGAAGUGAAUUGCGAGACUCUCAUGCUCGCGGAUGACAUGAAAAUAUGGAGUGAAGUCAAGUGUGAUGAUGACGCAGAGAAGUUGCAAUCGAACAUCAACAAACUGUGUGCUUGGUCGAACAGUUGCCUUUGAAGUUUAACGUGUCCAAAUGUGUGGUCUUGCACCUGAACACCGGCCGCAAUGCCCCUCCCAAACACCAGUACUAUAUUGACGGGACGAGGUCAGAAACUGUGGAAAGACACAGAGAUCUGGGUGUAUGGACGACCACAAAUCUAUCGCCAUCAGAACACUGUAGAAAGAUGGUCCAGAAGGCAACUAGUACUCUACACUGAAUCAGACGUGCAUUUAAAAUAUUUCCUCCCGAACUUUUCGAAAGACUCUUUGGUGUCUUUGUAAGACCUCAUCUAGAGUAUGGAAUGCCAGCAGCUUCACCAUGGAUGAAGAAGGAUAUCAACUUACUCGAACAGGUGCAACGCAGAGCGACAAAGAUGGUCGAGGGUCUGAGGCAUUUGUCUUAUCAGGAGAGGCUGAAUUUGCCUGAACUAUUCCCUCUCUCUUAUAGACAAAUAAACUGCAGUCUACUCUGGACGUUCCGGAUUGUUCGCGGCCAGGGUUGCUCAUUAAGAGCAGAGGAAUUCUUUGAGUUCGCCCGAACAAACCAACUACGCGGCCAUGCAUACAAAGUCGGGAAUGAGCGCACGCGUCUAGACCGACGAAAAUGUUCAUUUAGCCAGCGGGUUGUCAGGCCGUGGAACUCGCUUCCAAGCGAGAUAGUGACAGUUGACACAGUGUUUUAAAGAAAACUUGCGCGUCUAGUUUUCGACAGAAAUCAGCUUGCACAGCAUGACUAUGCACAGCCAGUUUUGUAAAAUCUGUCAUAUACAAUCUUCCGCACUAAUUUACAGUGACCCAAUGCACUACUUUUUGAUUACGAUUGAACUGUGACGCAAUCACAUUUUAAAUUCCUGCAAUUUUAUUUUAUUUUUGAGUAUGAAUCUGCGAAAGCACUGUACAUAAAUAGGGCCAUCAAGGGCUCUGCCUGUAUCCCUUCAAUAUAUAAACAUAAACACAUAAAUACAAAGAAAGAGAGUUGACAGGUGUCACAAGAUCGAGCUUUGAGGAAUCCAUGCUGAGUAGCACUCAGUAGGUUAUCCACUGUUAAGUGACACAUCAUCUUAUCCUUGAUCAAUGUCUCUAAGAUCUUCGAAAAUGCGGGGAGGGUGUUUAUUGGCCGAAAGUCAUCAAAUGAUGUAGAAUUGCCGUGCUUAGGAAUGGGCAAAAUGUGUGAUUCCUUCCACAAGGUAGGAUAAGUUUCACUUUCAAGAGCGAGAUUAAAUAUCUUGCAUAAGAGGGAUGGGAGAAUCGUAUUUGCAUCGGCUUUUAAAAUGCUUACUGGGACACCAUCAGGGCCUGGACUAUAAGAUUGACGAAAACGCCGAAUCGCAACAGUCACAUCCCACAGAGUGAAAGUUAUAGUUUCUAGAACUGCCCCAGUCAAAGACUGGAUGGUCGGAAGCGGAGUGGUCGAGUCUUCAAUAAACGUUUUGGACAAGAAAUCAUUGAAGCUAUCCGCGGUUAACUGGGCAUCAACUAUGGGAUUUCCGAGAUCGUCUCGAAGGAUGGGAUACUGCGUCUUUCUCUGAGUUCGUAUUUUUCUGGAGAAAAGUUUCGAGACACAUAACGAAUGGUUUUCGGUAAAGUGGAUCUCUUCGGCUAGCUGUUUUUCUUCAGACAAUCUCUUAGCUCGAUCAAAAAUAUCACAAAUCAAGGACAGAACAGAAACAUCGUUCUGAAGAUGGAAACGACGAUAAAGCCUGCGCAAUCUGCGACGAAAGGGUAAGGGUAGGAAAAUCUCAUCCCCAACAUUAAUAAUUUUCUUACGGGGGACAAAACGAGAAAUAAGCGGACCCAAAAUUUCGUACAGAUUUGCAGUGCAAACAUUUUCAUCCGAACUAAGGAAGAAAUCAGUCCAGUCGUAGGAAUUAAUGUGUGUUAAUAAUUCGGUUGAGCGAGUUGAUGGGAAAUCGCGGAAAAAGCUAUACUUUUGGGACGACAUUUCGUCAGCCUCGAUUUCCAACGUUGAAACAACUAUGUCAUGGUGUGAGCCCCCGAGUGGGCCUAGGGAUGACACUGACGAUGGCAAGCAGCCUCUACAGAAAAUUAAGUCAAGUAAACUUGAUCCUCGGGUGGGAAAAUCGAUAACCUGAGUCCACAUCCCAACAUCCACAUCCUCAAGAAGGUCUUCGAGCCUUCUGGGGCCUGAAGGCGGAGACCAGUGGACUUCAGGAAGAUUAAAGUCACCCGCAACCAAUUUAUACUUAAAGCUUGAGUCGGCCGCAGCAUGAAAUGCCUGUGAGAGUAAACGAUCAAAAUUGUCAUUGGCAUUGGGAGGGCGAUAGACGCAGCCAACGCGUAAGGAAAACUUAUAUUUUAGUGCAAAUUGUCGUCAAAUUCUAGGACACACUGACGGUCUCUGACAGUCCUGCAGCUUUGAAUGUGAUCGUCGCGCAGAUGCCUGUAUUUGAGAGGAAACUGAUUUAGUUCAGCAAAUCUGGCUUCGUAAAUUUAAUGACUAAUAUUCUUGACCGCAUACGUAGCCACCGCCUGUACUCUUUUUAGUUAUUGAUAAUACUUCUUGAACCACGGUCUCCAGUUCUGGACUGCAUACCCCAAGUGAGACCGAAGGAAUGCUCCAGAGGUUUUUCUGGACAGCUGCUUAUCGAUAUGCACAAAUAAUCGCCUCGGCGCAAAUAACAGCCGUAUGGCGCGUCUGGCUGCCCUUUGACACCGGGACGAUGGUUUCAACGAGGAUGUCAGUAGGACGCCAAUGUCUGUCAUUUCCGCAAAAUUUGAAGGGGCUGCCCAUUAAGGAGAAGACACAUUCAAAGAAGAGCAAGUAAUCUGGUGUUCCAUUUACACACGCCUACUGAAGAAAAUAAUGUAUCCGUUCUUUAACUGGGCAUGCGCCACCACUGUGCUCGUUUGCACAGAUAGUCACUGUUGCACAAACCCCUUCCGUUAUCGUAGCCCGUGGCUCUACGUUCGCUGACAGUGCGCUCCCCUCGCGAUCUGUUAGUCGGAAUACAAUGUUAGUCUUGAACUAUCAAUAUUCAGGCCAUUUCCAUGUUGGUUAAAGCAAACUGAUGGGUACAGAAAAGACGGCAUCUUUCUCUGUUUCCAGGAUAUUCUCAUGCAGUGGAGAAAGUUCCCAGAAGAAAUUGUACCAUAAAGCUUAAACCAAAGUCCUGAAGAGCACGACACAAACUACACAGCUAACCUUGAAAAUAUUUUCAUCAGCCAAUGAGACAAAACACAGAUAGUGGCUGUUGAUGUUGUUUUGCCCGCCAUUCUCCACUGGAUUUCGUUCGUAAGGGCAAUUAAAGUUAAAUAGUUGAGGGAAUGCCCAUCGUCGCGUAGAUGAGACGGGUUUCCUCCUCUUGCAAUGGAAUUCCUGAAGAAAGUCUGCGAUCCGUGUGUUGAUAUUCUUGCGUAUGUCAGCGACUUAUGUGUCGUUUGCUAUUAUUAUAUUUCACAGUUUCCUUUCAAAAGCCCUUUUGACUUUUUAUUACAAUUGUCUGGCUAAUCAUACAUUAUCCGAAUGUGUAUUUUCUCCCUAUUUUCGUUUGAUCUCCACCUAGCCGUUUUUCGCUGUCUCUCUGUUUGUCUAAUAUACUCAAUCGAAUAGACCCCCUAAUAGGAGAAAACUGGCAUACUUAUUGACUACCAAGGUUUAUUAUAGUAGCCUGGGUAUUAAUCUAUACUUGUUCCGGGGUUACAUUGACAUACUCACCUCGUUCUGUGGACUGUCUGGUACCAGACAUUUCAGUGUAGACGGGUUUCUGAGGAAAUGUUCUUAGCACCCAUACGUCCGCUAUUUAAGAAGGAUCUUGAUUGCCUGUGGGACCUCAGGAGCCCUCGAGAUAAGUCCGUUUCCCCUACUGUAAAACUGUCAGCUCUUUUCAGAAAAGCACUGACGUUUUUAUUUAAUAUUCGAAUCUCACGUGGCACAUUCCAGACCGAUUAUAGUCAGUUCAUGACGCCGCACCUGAUCAAAGUGCCGAGCGGAUUGAGUCUUUCACUACCAUUUGCUCAUUUGGGACGAGCUAAGCUCUGGGCUUGACGGUGGCUGAGUCGUCUAGCUAGUCAGGAAUAUUUUCAGGCAUUCUAUUUUGUUGUGUAUAAUUGUUAUUCCUUGCCUCUUUGAUUAAUUCAUAGCCCUUAUCCUGCGUCCGAGGAUGUUUUUAAUUGCGACGUGUGCGAACUGUGUGAACAGUCUGAGUUCCUUACUGGUCUCCUAGUUUAUAAUACUUAUGAAGGGAAGUAUUUGGCAGUACCGGUCUUUACCACUAUAAUUACCCUCCAUUUAAGACGCCAGAUGCUGUGUUAAUAGUAUGACACUUGUCAUAGAAUUUGUUGCCCCGUUAUGGACAAAAUACGUGUUUACAAGUCAGGAUCUAAUUUUACGAUCUCAUAAUUAUUAGCAGUAUGCUCCUGUCUGAUCUCACUUGUCAGUAUCAGUCAGUAUAUUUGGAGUAAACGACAGAAGCCAUGAAAACUCCAUUUAGAGGGUACAGGUAUAAAGUAAAAUAGUUAAACUGCAAAACUUUUGCUUGCAGUUUUAGUAGGGAGAAUUCAUAAAUCUAAUAAUGUAACAUAAAGGUGAAAGGGGUAUUAUAUUCGCAAAAGAAUUGCGGAAAACUUUGUUCACCGCAUUCGGACUGUGAAAAUUUUUAAUAUGGGCUAAGUUUGACGCAAAAAAUAGGAUCUGUUGAAAUCUAGUUAGUAGUAUAUUUAUAGUCAUUUCAAUAAUCCGUUAGAUCAGGCUUCGGCAGUUUGGGUUGCCUUUCAGAAGGUGAGUAUCCAGUUGUCUCUUGAACACGUUCACGGUAGGGGAAUUAACAACAAACUCCGGCAAAGAGUUCCAUUGGCGAAUGACUCUCUGCGAGAAAAAGGAGGAACGUUGAUUUGUGUGGCACAGUUCCUUUUUAAGCUGGUAAUCAUGUCGUCUGAGAUUGGACUUGGGUGCCAUUUCAAAAAACGUUUCCCAGUCGACAUCCAAAUUAAGUCCUUUUAUCAACUGGAACGUUGCUAUGAGGUCACCUCUGUCCUGCCUGUAGUGGAGGGGAAAGAGGUUCAGGGCCGUCAGGCGCUGCUCGUACGUGAAGUUUUUGAGGCCAUGAACAGCCUUUGUAGCACGCCGUUGUACACCUUCAAGGAUAGCUAUAUCCUUCCGAAGCCACGGCCGCCAAGCCUGUACCGCAUAUUCCAGGUGCGGCCGCACAAAUGUCCCGUAUACUUUGCCAAAGACAUCUUUAUUCAAGUGAAUAAACGUUCUGCGUAUCGCGCUCAUAACGGACAUUGCCCGCGCAGCGACUUUAGAACACUGCGUGGUGACGUUUAGAUCGUCUUUAAUGAAUACACCGAGAUCUUUUUGCAAAUCUACGGUUUUAAGUGGUUGAUUGUCCAGGAGAUACUGUCGUGGGGGUGCAUUUGUUCUUCGCCUCGCUGAUACUACGUGCAUUACUGCACAUUUUUUGACGUUGAAUUUCAUGCACCAUUUCUCGCUCCAUGCGUGCAAAUUCGUUACGUCCUCUUGUAGCAUCCUGACGUCAUCUUCAUCUUUUAUCGCUCUCCAAAGUUUAAGGUCGUCUGCAAAGAGCGCUAUGUCUGAUUUCACUUCCCGUACCAGGUCAUUUACAUAGAUAAUGAAUAGGAGCGGCCCAAGAACUGACCCCUGUGGGACUCCACUCGUAACAGGUGCCCAUUCUGAGCAGUAGCCGCCCGCAGUGACUUUUUGUUGCCGUCCGUUUAGGAAAUCUUGAAUCCAGUUCAGAAGAUUGCCUCUUAUCCCUACUUCUGAUAACUUUUGAAUGAGGCGCUUAUGUGGGAUGCAAUCGAACGCCUUGCUGAAGUCAAAGUAAAUGACAUCAACUGGAUAUCCUUUAUCCAUGGCCUUUGACCAAUGUUCGAGUGACGAAAGCAGAUUUGUGAGGCAGGACCUCUUUUCGCAGAAGCCAUGUUGAACUGAGGCGAUGUGACAGCGGAAAGUAUCGAGUGAUGUAAUAGAUUUUUUAACUAGCCUUUCCAUCAGUUUGCAGCAAAUGCAUGUCAAACUAACCGGCCGGUAGUUGGUGGGACAUAGCCGUGAUCCUCCCUUGUGGAUAGGUACGACGUUUGCCAACUUCCAUGUGUCAGGUAGUUUGCCAGCUUCCAGCGAUUUUUGGAAGAUUAUAGAAAGUGGCUCUGCUAAUUCUUCAGCUAGCUGACGCAGGAGUACACCCGGGAUCUCAUCUGGUCCAGGUGACUUGGCAGGAUCCAGCUUAUUUAGCUCCGCUAAAACUAACUGCGGAGUAAAAAAUACUGUGCUUAUAAGUGGUUGGUUGGCGGGCAGUGGAAGAGAACAGGACUGGAGGGGUGGUUCCGUGGUGUAGACACUUUGGAAAAACUCGGAAAGAAGCUCGGCUUUUUGAAAGCCAUCGCUCACAAUUCGGUUAUUUUUGUCCUUUAAGGUUGCCAGAUGAUCCCGGUUUUUCGUAUUGCUCCUGAUAUAUGCAUAGAACGCUUUAGGUUUUUGCUGCGCCUCUUCUAGGAGCUUCAUUUCAUAAGAAGCUCGCACUUCUCGGAUGAGUCUUUUGCAUAAGGUUCGUUGUUGUCUGAAUUUCUGAAGUUUUUCUGGGUUCUCCGUUUGUAAGAAGAUUUUCCACAGCUUCCGUUUUUUUCGGAUUUCCUUCUUAACCGCUGUUGUCAGCCAUUUCGGUUUGUUUCCGAAUGGAUUUUUCUUGAGGGGACAGUACCGUUCAAUCAGGUCUCUCAUAGUUGAUUCGAAGGUUGUCCAGCAUUCGUUGACGUCUCCUCGUAAUGCUUCGGUCCAUAGUGUGUGUCCAAUCUCUGAUUUCAUUGCCUCAAAGUUACCCCGCCAGACAUUUCUUAACGACUUUGAGCUUCGUUCGGGGACAGCUAGGAGUGUCGACUCCCACAUUAAUGUCAUGUGAUCACUAGAACCUAGGGGCGGGCCUACAUUUAUUUCAUCAACGCUUUCCUCGUUUUUAGUAAACACAAGAUCCAGGCAACUAGCUCUCUGACCUUCACGCAUCCGAGUCACAGUUCGUACAUGUUGAAACAGAAAUUCAUCAAAUGUCAUGUCUAAUAGCAUUUGGUCGAAUCCUUGUCUGUGGCCCUUAACUGUCAUAAGGUCCCAUUUAAUCCGCGGAGCAUUGUAAUGAAGUUUGGUCAGACUAAUUAAGAAGCUGGGUCAACUUUUAGGCAGAAUUUUGUAAAAACCUAUGGUGCCUUUAUUAGGGAACAGUCAGAAAGACAGCGAACAAAAAGAGUUAGAAAAUACACAAAAACACAGGUAGUAGACCACUACAGAUUGCCAGUUGUAAGGCAAUCGAACGGACAAAAGACUUAAUGUGCAUACCCCCCACCGACGUUCUAUUCCGACGUGCUGUUGACUUCUAGCCCUAAUCACACUCGCCCUCAUCCACUCAUAUAUAGUUUGCUUUUUAUACUUAGUAGAACUUGCGACUUGUCGAACCAGUGUCCAUUUUAGUAGAUGGGACUCGCCCCAGUUAACUGACAACAGUCAGUUAAAAUGCGUUUUACCAACCUCUAUUUAUUUACACAGUACUUCCUGCCAACUUCUGUUUCACCGUCUUUCCCUCUUUCCAUUCGCUAUUUUAUUCCACUAACAGUUUUUUGGAUUGAAUGAGCUUAUCAAAGCACUGCUACUCAGUCGGGUUUGCAAAUUUCAUCAGAUUACUACGGUCCCCGCAGUUUAAAGUAAAACGGUGCAUAUAAUUCUAGAAGCUGCAUAGAAUCAGUAUUCUGCGUGUUGUCACCCCGCUAUGAUACCAUAAUAUGGCUGUAAGGCCUUGUGUGAAAAUGGGGGUGUAUAGACAGGGGUAAUUGCCGUGAUGGUUUGGCUGUCGAGCUAGCCGUUUAAUCACGUAAGUUGGCUGUUACGCGGAACGUCGCGCCCACACUUCAGUAGCUACUUCGACUGACAAGAUGGGCCCGACAGAGGUAGCCAGCAUGUCUUUCUGAAACCUGCAAAUUUGCAAAUAAAAUCUAGCCGGUCAGUAAUGGAAUCCGACGCGUUCAAGCGCUCGUGUUUUAUACCAGACCAGUCACUGCGACCAAGCCCAUCUGAAGUAACCGGGGCCUAGUAUUCACGUUGAAGGUCGAGAGCGGGGCCAAUGCCGCACAAGACUUGCUCACUGCCUCGGGGGGGGGGGGGUGGCGACAUCUGUGGGAUUGCCGGACAAGCCAUCAUAUUAGGACGGUAGGAGAACCAAUUGGGGAUAUACCCUAUCAAGCGUCGUUCCGACAGUCUAGACGAUUGACCAAUGCUUCUAAACUUGAGAAUGGACCUCGUUUUUCGCUUUAACAAACGCACUUGAUGUCCCUCAAUUUUUGCAUCAUAUUUUUCUCAAGUAUUUUAGGGACUCACUUUUUCAUUAGUCAUAAUUCAUAGAGACGAAACUACCCCGCGCCAACCUGCGCAUCGUCAAGACAGUGAGGGUUGUCUGGAAGCUGAGCAAUACAUGAAUGCUACUCGUUCUGGUUUGACAUGGCGUUUGAUGUAGCUUCUCGCAUAGCCUGAGAGAUCACCCCCCCCAUCAGGGUCGUGAACUGGAAGUUUCCGCCGUUUUUACUCGAUAUGACACAGUUCCUCAGAUACUGUUUAUAUUCUAGCCCACAAAGGCUACGAACACUGUCUACAUGGAUGAUUGACUGUCGUUUUCGGUCCAAACCGUCGUUAAUUCGGUCAGGUCGGUUAACUCGUAUAGUCUCAAACGAGCUGCCUAUCGACGUUCCCUGGCAGUGGGGCCGUGUUUGCCACUGGCCAAGCACAAUGGUGUAGAUCGUAUAUGAGUGUUAUGCAUUGCCUUUCACUGUCAAUUGCCCGCUGUCCGCGCAAACUAUGACAGGUGGACAUUCCUUACUCAUUGUCAUGGUUUAAUGUGAGACCCGAAGCGAUGACUCACCAGUCUCACACCCUGCACUAUUCUAGAAGUAAACUGCAAUAAAACAACCCCGGAAAUGGUGGAAAAUUUGUCAAAUAUCCCUUUCAUUUUUCAAAAAUAUCAUGUCAUUUCUAGUGCCACUGUUAGAUCUCAUCUCGGGUUGCUUGCGACCUAGAAAUUUUGUUCCCACAGUGCUUACGACACAUUAGACGUAGUAUCUGCUUGGAUUUACGAACAAAAGACAGGGAACGAUACAUCAUUUCCUUGACUGUCUCGGCAUGAUAAUUUUUUCAGUCUUCUGACAACGGGCGAACGUACUUCACAGACAGGUGCCAUCAGGACUUCUCGAAACUAGUAUUUUUCCAUUUGAUACCACGUCGUUGGGUGCAUUGGGGUUUUCAGGUCAUGUCUUCCUUCCAGGACUUCUCGAAACUAGUAUUUUUCCAUUUGAUACCACGUCGUUGGGUGCAUUGGGGUUUUCAGGUCAUGUCUUCCUUCCAGGACUGAAUAAGUUCAGUCAUGUCACAGCUAACUUAUUGCUCUCUGCUGUACAUUCCCAAAGUCAUGCGCUCCUUUGGUGAUUUUAGAGCAACCACAACGUUUAGCCUUUCGGUGGUAGAGAUGGUAAAAGAAACCCGCCGUCCACGGUCGUACACCCUGCCUGACCAUGUUUUACUUGAGAGCUAGAGAGGGAAAGACAAGCACGCGUUUGUUUUAGAACGGACAAACUCCACGGUCGAACAGCGACGAGCAUUGCGGAUAUCGUAAUUUUUUAACCAAACACUUAUUGUAGGGACUUCCAUUCCGUCAGGGCCAUGAAUCCGAAAGUUUCAUUUGACCAAACAGUUAGAUUCGGACGUUAAAGUGGUAAAUGUCCACGGAUGCAUGGGGCGAAAUAAAUGACGGCCCAUUCCCCCAAGGCUUGUCCAAUGUCCUGGUUGAUUUUGAUCGGACAGGCGACAUGUCAUGACCUCCUCUAGGGCAGAAUUAAGCUUCGCAUUGUCUUCCACCCCACAUAAUCAAAAGUUACUCACUCGUAAAGUACCAUGGGUGUGGUGUCAAUGGAUUCUUGUGCCUUAUCCCUGUUGGCCUCCGCAACGGGCUGCGCUGCAAAUUUACUGGAGCAAAACAGAGUCAGAAUGGCUCACGGUCCGCGUUUAUCGGGCUGCGCGGAGUCCUUGCAAGCCCAUAGUCGCUGCCGUACAUACGUAAUGGCACGCCUUACAUGUAGGCUUUCAUGUCAGCAAUCACACCCAAUCUCUUUACGAACUAAUUGACAGGUUCAGACAGUUGACCGGUGCAUGUGAGAGGGAAGAGAGUAUGAGGUCGACACUGGGGAAUCCAUCUUCACUGUAGUAAAUCUGGCACGCUCGAAUCUAUCACGGCGCUCUAAGGGUCGGGGCUCGGAGGAUUGUCGACUGAGGGGAUAAUUCAGUCCCUCCCAGAACUGAGAGUCUGGCUACAACGGCCCCUCCUUAAGGUGGCCUUUUUUAGCAUUCUCUCCCAUAUGAGACCCUAGCUACCUUUAUUGUAACCUGGCAUGUGCAGCAUGAACGAGGUCGUGCGUGGCACGCGUAGACGGACUGCUUGCCUUCACCAGCCACAUUCGGUCGUCUUUAGAAUAUCCUGCCGUCAGAGCAAGGUGGGCGAGGAAGGAGGAUGUGCUAUAGAUGCUGCGAAAGUCUACUUCACCAUAAACUAAUUCACGCACAGAACACCGUCCUGCGGGCUGGCGGUGGAUGUCGUCGCGCACGGCGGAUGAACUGUCGUUUGCUAGCAAAUUACGUCUUCUCCAAACUUUAUACUUGAAGAAAGGGACUCUUUCGGUUUUCAAUUUCCGAAUAAUUUUUAACGUCACCUGCGGUUGCACUUUCUCUUUGGGUUUGCCAAGCACGCUCAUAAAGUUUUCCAGUGAAUGUGGGCCGUAUUGCAUACAUCCUAGGCAGCAUCAGUAGACGGACAGAUACGAUGUUGUACGAGUAAACAUUUCACUACCCCAAAAAAUCCUACAAUUGUAAUUUUUUGAAACCGAAUGCCACCCGUUUACUAUGUAUAAACUUUGAAGAAGACGUAAUUUGUUGUCGAAUCAGUACCAGAAUGUAAAUUUUUAUGCGUAUUUUCUACAAAAUGUAUUCGGAUUUUUAAAGGAAUCAAAAUAAUUGGCGUAAAUCCGCGUUACUGUAGCAGUCGCUUUUUCCAAAUGUCGUUUUCGUAGACAGCCGAAAAUAAGCUCAUUCGAAAACCGGCAUCCUUGCGUGAACGAAUUAUAUGGGAAUUGUAGUGCACGAUAAUCACUAUUACAACCCAACUCAGUCCUUUUUAAUGGAAAGCCCAUUUCAAAAUUUCGGCUUAUAUUUUGUGAGAUAGGCUACACACCGUGAUCGUGACAUAUUAAUACGCCUUACUAUUUCUUCUUACCGCUUCACAUAUAGGUCCGCGUCACCCCAUGGCCACUGUUGCUCGAUCGUCCACUCCGUCCUUUCGCGGACCCCAAGGGCUGCAAGCCAUUUGUAAUUCCUCGCGAAUGACCUCUGACCACCUGAGGGACGCCUCUUUAGAUCGCGAGUCCUUCGUUCUACACAACUCCGCCCUUCAACAUCACUACCCUUCCACAGCCGCAACUGCUGCCUCUAAGGCCCGCUCCGUGGAAUCUCACCAAUCAGAUACCUCCUGUAGACAGAAUCAGCCAGCCUUCUGCACUACCGCCACUACCUCAUCGGACAACUUCUUCCAGACUCUCCAUCAGACAGCUAGUGCUGCUGCUGCUGCCGCCGCCGCUGCGGCAACAUCCCUGCCCUACUCUGAGCAUUCGCACCAGUACCUCGAACGCCUGAUGCACUUUCCUUACACACAGGCUAACAACAUGUUUCAGAGCAGUGAGACCACCAGUCUGAUGCCCCUCCUUGGUUCAUCCUUCCACCCCGCAUCAGUCAUCAGUACUGCCGCCUGUCAGUCAGUUCUGCAGUCGGACUCCACACCCAUGUCCGCAGUCUUUCCUACACGGGCGGCCUCUGCCUCUGCUCUUGUUGGUGUGAGCUCAUCCUCCUCCUCCUCCGCCUCCACGUUGCGUAGUCUCUCAGACACGACGGACAGCAGUGACCACCCACAGCGCGCCAAGGGUGACCUGUCUUCCUACAAUCUCGCUGUCCUCAGCUCCGGUCUGGCAGAAUCCCAGAGGGAUCCCGUCUCUGACUCAAAGAAGGACGGUGACACCGUGGCAACCUUGGCAGGAGGAAGAGGAAGUCAGUUUGUGUAAGCUCAAGAAACGGGCUGCGGAUCUACUACUAUUUGCCACUUUUAGGCAGCUGUUAUACGAUCGUCGUUUUAAUGUAUGCCUGCGUCUGUGCAUCUGUCCAGUUGUCCAGCGUACCUUCCUCCUCACUCCUCGCCAGCUUUUUUGAAGUUUGGCAGUGAGGUGUUCUAGUUAGGUAGCAAUUUCAGUCCCCCACUGUCCCCCUGUCUCCCAGUUGUGUAUGCUGCGGCAAUCGGUUGGUUUCGUCCUAUCCUGUCUAUAGAUGACGUAGAAUGGUAUUACCGACAAAGAAAAGGGAGACUGGAAUGGCCAUUUCUGGCUUAUUAGCCGUCGUCAGCCAGUCAUACCCAAGUCCGAAGUGUGGAACACCCGAGCCUCGAACUCGCGACCUGUUAGUUAGAAGUCCAGGCCUCUACCCACUGGGCCACGAGCCCGUUGCCCUGCCUAUUGAGUUCCGUAUGAAUGAUCGUUGAGCGCCCCCUACCAUAGAUGAGGUAGACGUGUUUGUAGGAGACAUUCUUUAACCACUGACGCCUAGGCAGAAUUUUACACGUCAGCUUGCCUGGCUACGUCAAAAAUGCCGUUUCUUACAGCUUGGAAACAAUUCGAACGAAUGUCAAGUAGUUGUCUGGAUUUUUGUUCUAAAUACUCUGUUCUUACCCGAAGGAAAACUCAUUCGCAACAUCCUUCGGCCUAGUUGUCUUCGAAAUUCAAAAUCACCUGAAGUGAGAAAUGUCAAUCAGUACCCCCGGGAACGGUAAGCACAACCGGCUGGCAAAAGCUGCUUGCCUUUGGCCGCAAUUUGGAUCCACCAGCCACGAUCUAUCCCAAAAACGGGCUAUCCAUAGGAACUGGCAUUCAGAUCGUCUCAGUUUUUGAGAUGGUCACUUCCAAGGUGUCAGUAACCAAGUGGACGCAGGUAACAGAACCUGCGCGGGUCUCGGUGCUAGAAGCGCUGCCAAUGCAGCACAUAAUGAUCGGUGUCUGCGUGGAAACAUCUUGUUAGAGAGGGCAUAGCGCACACUAAAAGGCAUGUAGGUCAUCACAAUAUCAUAUUUACAGUGCGUGACCGAUCUCAUGAAUUGUUGGCCGAAAUUCUGAAAUGCGUUUUCGAUUAGGAAGCAUUACUUAAGUGGGGUUGUUAUACUGAUAAGUAUGUAGCAUAAGCCUAUAACAUUUCGGGCUCACUACGAUGUCGGUUUUUGGAUGCACUCCUUUUUGACCUCCUGCAGAAAUCGCACUUUGUAAAAAAUAAAUACUUAAGUAGCAUGCAUUUUUUCUAUUGAUUUUUGAUGGUCUUGUAAAUUCAGUUAUAUUUUAUAGAAAACAUACACAAAAGUAUGCUUUAGUUUACUCCUUUGGCAGAAAAUUUCAUUGUCUUGAUAGCUGAUACCCGAAGAAACUGUUUAUUUAGGUUUUAAAAAGUUUCUAAUUAGGUGAUUUUUAAGACCGUGCGAUGUCCAUGCAUACAGGAUCGCACGUGUCCGUUUACCACUGCCUCUAAUGAAAUGCACAACGCAUUCCAGAUCCAUUGCGAGAUUUUAGGAACUCUAUGUGGUACGUUUUUAAAGACAUAGAGGAAUAUAGGAUUUUCCUUACGCGAAAAGCGUGCACCUUGUAGACUGAAAUCGCAAAACGCUAAUGCAAUGGCAGACCAGGCUCAAAAUUAUUCGGGAAUCGGGAAACAUUUUUUUUCGGGUAUAAAAUAUUAAGACAAUGUGAUUUCCUACCAAAGGAGUAAAAGAAAACAUAUUUUUGUGCAUGUUCUCUAUAAAAUAUAUUUGAAUUUUUAUGACCAUCGAAAAUCAAUAGGAAAAAUGCAUGCCACUUAAGUCGUCAGUUUUUACCGAGUGUGGUUUCUGCAAGGGGAGAAAAAGAAGCUCCAUAAAAAGCCGACAUCCUGGCAAGUCUGAAAUACUAUAGGAUUUUUCCUCAUGAUGAUCAAUAUGACAACCCCACCUAAGUAAUCCUUCCUAAUCGAAGACGCAUUUCAGAAUUUCGGCCAUUUCAUGAGAUCGGUCACGCACUGUAGUACGCUUGCCCCACAACGGGCCACAUGGAACUAGCGAUGGACCAACACGAGGACAGGACCAGGUUGCGACACGCGUAAUUGUACUGCGCGUCCAUGACGACUGUCAUACAGGGGGUGUGGUGGCAAGCCUAGGCUCAGAUGCAAGCCGCGCCGGCUAACUGCGCCCGAUCCCCGCAUCAGAUGGCCAACCGGCUUAAAUAUGGGACUGGUACUUGGGAGAGGCAAGAAAGGACGAGGUCGACUUUGAGGACUCUGUCUCCACAGCAGUCGGCGCAUAUUCCUCACCCUAAACAACCCGACGCGAUUCCAAACUCCCACGUUGCGCUAAACGCCAGGACUUGGAAGGCUGCCAACUGACGCGACAAUUCAGUCCUGAAGAAGGAGACAUGAUCGCUGGGACAAGAGCUUUACUAGCCUGACGUUUCGGAUUCCUGCUCGAACCCAUCAUCAGAGACAAAAGCAGAUACGGGUGCAUCAUGCACAACGGGCUGCAGUAUUCAUAGUAUGCAGUAGCCAUGCUACGGCAUACCUAUGAAUGUUCACGGCUUCCUCCUUCAUCAGGGAUAGUUGCACGUGGUGGGAUGACUGUUUGAUGACCGACAUUUGCGCCGUUAAUGAAACCAGAAGACCCGCUACCACGUCAAGUAACGUCUAGAGUCGUUUAUCGGAUCUGGUACAGUUGCGGACAAAGCAACUACGUCGGAGAAACCGGAAGACAGCUUCGAACACGAAUGGCCGAGCACGCUGCGGCAGUGCAGAGAAAUGACGCCAGCUCUCAAGUUGCGGCUCAUUCGACGAGAUCCGGCCACACAUUCAAAUUCGACGAGGCCGAAAUUCUGGCUAGAGGUGACAACCGCGUGAGCCGGGAGCUGCUUGAGUCAUGGUUUACUGGCCCCCAGUCCAUUAACAAGUGCAAUAAUCUUCCGCUUCCAUACUCCGUGCUGAGACUUCGCCUAGGCGGAGUAAUUAGCCACGCGGGGAGCGCAUAGGUGAACACUCUUCCCAACACCCCGGUCAGCGCGUCAGAUGGUCAAGCAAUCAUCACACCAACAUCCAACGCACCUGAUGAAAUUGCAGCAAUUAACGACGCGAAGGUCGGCCAUCACGCUACGUGCAACGAUCUCUGAUGAAGGGGGAGUCGUGAACAUUCAUAGGUAUGCGGUAGCAUGGCGACUGCAUCCUAUAAAUACUGCAGCCCCUUGUGCAUGAACUACCCCUAUCUGAUGUUGUCUCUGAUGAUGGGUUCGAGCAGGAAUCCGAAACGUCAGGCUAGUAAAACUCUUGUCCCAGCCAUCGUAUCUCCUUCUUCAAGACUGCUUCCUGGGUUUCGUCUCUUUGCUUCUAUUGGCAAUAACUCGGUUCUCUCAGGACGGAGAGUCAUGCUGCAAUAGCAUCUCUUUUUUUACUGUGUCCUCUAUGUCACGCCACCCAUUCUGAAUCCGAGCCGUCCUUUUGUUGUUUCGGUUUAACCCGGGUCUAUCGUGCGCCGCCGCAAGCAACCGAUGUCUGGCAAACUACUGCCUGAUCAACCUUCGGGUGCCCGGUGGCAAUGUUCAGCGCGCUCGGAUUAGAUUUGAAGACGAGUAGUGGUGUCGAGAGAAACCACUUCCUGCCCAGCAACUACAACAUCUGGCCGAGUUUAUAUUUGAGACACGCGAAGAGCUCAGUCCGGCCAAGCAGCAGCCAUUAGAGUAAUGGCACUCCCACUCGUGAGCGUCAAUGCGCCCGACUGUAAUCGCGUCCUCCGUGUUCGGUUGUAUACGGUCUGCCCCUCUCCACUUUAGUAUCUGUCGUCAGUUCCGAUCCAUCUUUCGUAUUAUAUCACAGUUGACCUACCGAUUUUCUGGUAUUGGGCUGGACAGACGCGUACCUGGAACUGGCUUUGUCGAUCUGUGUUUUUUCCACAUUUUACCCUACUCAUUCUUCUCAGUAGUGUCCCCUUAAUAACUAAAGUACCAGGUUAAUUAAUCGGCUUAUACGACAGCUGGAAGCAGGCAUAGUCAGAUGAGACAUAAUAGGUACCAACGCGCUGUCUUGGAAGUGUCACUCUUACGCAUAUACAGCUGACCUCAGUUGCUAAGCCAAGAUCAUAGCUCGCACACCCCGUUUAGGCUGAGCUGGGAAGCGGAAAGGCUGCGGAAAAAAGGAGAAAUAGUCGCGACAGGUGUAGUUACAGCUCCGACGCUCCGGGACAUACGUGAACUCCUCUCCAGGUGUCACAACUUUUGCCUUCCUCAUCCCCCGACAUGACCUUGCUUUUUGCUACUUUACUACUUUUCACAAGACAGUUUCUUUCUCCCGCCCUCGCCCCCCCCCCCCUCUCAGCUGUGGUGUGUGCGGUCGCGAGUUCGGUAUGCGUUGUCGCCUUGUAGCCCACGCCCGACGCCACACGGGCGAACGACCUUUUGCCUGUGCGGACUGCGGGCGUGCCUUCUCCGAUCAGGGCAACCUCCAGCGUCACCGAUACACACACUCCACAGAACCGCGCUUCCACUGCACUGUCUGUGGCAAGUACUUCCGUCAGGUAGGCGUUUUUCCCUCUUCUACCAGCCUCGCCUCAGCCCACAGCUAGACAAACAUUGCGACUUUUUCUUACAACUGGGGUCGGUCAGUAGGAACUUCGCUUUACUUUGCUCGUCGCCAGCAGGAAGAACUUUGCUCUUCUUUUUCUUUCUCUGUUGUAAACCAACUGACUCGUUUUCGGUACCAGAUGACCUCAUUUUUAGUGGACUGUCUGGAAUCAAACACAACGGCUUAAGCUACCGACACGCCGUUGUACCAGUAAAUGGUAGGGAGACUUACCGAGCAGCGGGACUAUUCGUUUAUUCCUCUGAGCUUUUGACCUCGCACAGUGGUUCUCCUCGUCACAAGUGCCGACAGCAACAAAACAAGGACGGCCAGCGCCGCAAGUGUGGAUAUGACUGCACAGGACACUGCGUACCUACUCCAGAGCAAUUUGCCGAGGGGUUCUCAUUAGUAGCCCAGGUUUCAGCCGGCCUCCGGCAUGAGCGACUGUCUCAGCGGCUACGGAUGUAAAUCGAAAAGGUUAGGUGAGUAAAUUUCCUGCGUCAACGUUCGAGUCUCCACCUUCUCACUGGUGUCGACGAUGGGUGCUAUCGUUGGGCAGUAGACCAUCGCUGUCGGUGGGUGGACGGCGGGUAGGGUAGGCCAGUCAGGAAGUAAAUCCAGGACGGACGACGAAGUGGUGGUAGAGAGCAGCAUUAGGGGUCUGAAAGCGUCUGCUGUGCCAGAAACCAUGGCUCUCGCAGCCUGGUAUGCGCUGGCAGUUCUCCGUCGCCUGGUUCCCUGCCGGUAGAUGCGCUUACACUCCCGCUGGGUACACAGGUCGUGUGCUUGGCUGUCCAGUCAUCCUCGUCUCCCUGUUGCUGCUGUUGAUGAUGCUAUUGGUUUGAAUCCUGAUCAUUUGCUGUGCGGACCAAGGGACGUAAUGGUACGCCUAGGUGCGGGCUUGGCCGUGCCAUCCACCUACGCCCUCCCCCACCGCCGGUCUUCUUGACUAUGUCAUGAGACCCGGUGCAGGCGGGGAGUAAGAGGAGACAGUUCGACAGAUGCUGUGGAAGUCUACCACCACUACAAACUAAUUCACGCGCAACCCGUCAUGCUUGCUUUCACCUUGCUGUGGUCUUCGUCGGCAACAACGGUUAAACUGUCCGAGAGCAGAGUGCUUGCACCUACAUGUUUCGCGGCCGAUAUGUCGAGUUGUCACACAUUUUACCCCCACGUCGGAAUCGCAGCCUCCGCAUGAGAAGACGAACCGGCGGAGUCCAUUCAUUACUGCUCUGGCCCCAGUCGGUCGAGUGAUUGACUGUUAUGACUGGGCAGAAGUGAGUUGGUCCAGCCGUCGAUUGUGCAUCAGUUGCGAGUGUACGCUCGUGGGCGUUGGGCAAUUUCGUCGUGUACUUACCACCGUUGCUAGACGCUCCGUUCCUUUUGAGGGUUGAACAUCGCAUAUCGUACGCUUCGCUGCGGAUCCGGAAUAUGAUUAUCCGAAAAGUACGUGCUAAGCCGGUUGUGCUACAGCUAAUACCAUCCUGUAGACAUCAUGGUCAAGGAGGCGUAUUUUGCCAGUGGCAGGCGCUCAGACAGUGGCAGCUUCAUGGCCCGCGGAUAAGUACUUGCUCUAUCUUUGAGAGUCCUUUUGAUGUGUCUUUGUAUGUUCACCGGAGACCUCCACUGACGAUUAUGACAUCAAUGGUAGGGGACGCUCACCGAUCGUUCUUACGGAACUCACUCGUUCCGUUGUGCCUUACGGGCUCUCUCUCUCUCUCUCGAGCCCAACCAGCAGCCGCACAGCGGCGUAUGAUAUAGGCAGAAUGGCAUUACCAACAAAGCCAAGGGAGACUGGGAUGGCCAUUUGUGGCUUAUUAGCCGUCGUCAGCCAGUCAUACCCAAUCCCGGAGUGUGGAACACCCGAGGCUCGAACUCGCAGCCUGCUAGUUAGAAGUCCAACGCCUCUAACGACUGGGCCACGAGCCCGUUGCCCUGUCGGUUUCUAUCGGGAAUAUACAAUGAUAGGGGCGCUCGCCGAUCGUUAUUACGGAACUCACUCACUCGCUCGCGGAGGCGUAGAUGUUAAGUAAAGUUGAGAGUGCCUCCCCUCUACUUUAUUUCAUUCGGUGGUUGAUCGUUUAAUUACAUCAACACUUAUAAAGCCUGUGCGCUGGUUUUUGAUCUUCCUUGAGCUUAUUUCUCUCUGUAAGCAACUCCUACGGUCAAGAGGAUGCCGAAGGAAAUGUUGCCAUCGUACCCUCUUUCAUAUAUCUCUCUCCCCCUCUGUGUAUAGGCCUCCUGUCUAUCCAAUCAUCGCCGAUUCCACUGUGCGGGGGCCUCUGGCCGACCCUGUCUCUUCUGCAAACGAACCUUCCGCUCAUCCUCCUCUCUGCAAAUGCAUCUCCGAUGGAAGCAUCGCACCGAUGCCGCCGCAAUGGUUGCUGCCGCCGUUACUGCCAUGACUGGCAGCGAGUGGGAGGAUGAAGAGGAGGGGGUGUGCGAGCCUGGCGCAACCAACAGGAAAAAAUCUGUGGACAGACUCAAUGCGAGCAUUUUCUCCUCCACCAGCCUGGACACCCUUUCUUCUAAGACCCCUUCAGACAAUCCGACUGUCAAGAGGACCCAGUCGGAUUGUGGGAAUGGGAUUGUUAGAUCCAGCGAUGCCAUUCGACGUAAAUGGCGGCGAAAACCGAGGCCAAAGCAGACAACGGCCCUGUUAGCGUCCUCCAAGGAGGUAUCUUCACUAAUAUUAUUGUUAAAAGUCACCUACUUAUGAACAUUUCAGUAGGCAUAAUUUACACCUAAAGGACAUUUCUAAGGGCUAGCUUACUCCAUGCGCGUCCUGGUCUGGUCUGCAGUCGUAGCAAAAGUUAUCAGCAAUCCGUCUGACUCAUAUUGAAGCGGCCAUCAUCGAGGGCUAUCUUUGAAAAUAACAGACGGUGGAAUCUGACUCACUAGCUGUCGUGGGGCCUGAGGUCCGGUACACUAACUACACUACAACGCCCGCGGAUGUCCACGUAACAUGAGGACCGUGGACCGUAGGUGACACCUGAUUUUAAUGCUCAUAAAAUCUGUUUUCUCAUCUCCAGGGAGCAUAUAGUAGACACUUUGCUCACUUGCGUUAAUGGCCUUCCAGAAGAAAACGCACGUAUGCAGCCUUGACCUGGGACCCUUAGCAUCACAUACAAUCACUUGGGUGUAAGAAUACAUUGGUUUUUACUCACUACAUCCUUGUUUUCUUUAAUAGAAUAGCUUUGAAACAAAUUCUUCAGAAAAAGGCCCCUUGUGGCUCACGUGAACACCUACUAUUCACAGCCAACGACUCAUGGCAUGCCAGUGAGUAUUCUCUCACUGCAGUACGGCGGUUUGUCGCCUCCGAGGUGCAGUUAUCAUGCCUGAACAAGUCCUGUGAUCGCAUCAAAAGAGGACUGUCCAUUGCUUGUAAGAUGUCGCGACGCGAAGUGUCUUGAGGGUGCCUUCAGGGUCUCUGUAACCUACCUCUUUAAUCGCCUCCACCUAUAGUCCCGCCUUUAUUCAGUCGCGGUAUUAACUCAACGCGAGGACUGCCUAUGGUCAGUAAUGCUGCAGUGACAGGUUGACGGGGCCCCACCUAACAACGAGUUGGCCUGUGCGGCAGUGGAUGGAACUUCAAUGUAGUAAUUGUGGUACCUGGGUCCACGAACUCUGCUGCCUUUUACGAUUUCCAUCUAUUCGCUGUUCAUUGCGAUCUCACGGUUGAACCUACCGCGCCCCACCCCACUCCCCACACGGACAUGGUUUCCUGUACGAUAACAGUAGUGUUACACGACUGCUUGUCUCCGAUGUUGGAGCGAUUACUGCAACCCCAAUGUCAUCGAAGAAGUACCAGUGUCCGAGUGAAUUUCGGAAAGACUGAUUUUUUUGUUUGAGUUGAGUCUGUUUGAUGGCCUGGGAGUAAGGGAACUUUGACACGCACUGUCAGUCUGCCGCAAGUUUUGAUUUGCAUUUUGAAGGUGCCAAAAAUCAGAAGAAGAAAAAGAAGAAGAAGAAGAAGAAGAAGAAGAAGAAGAAGAAGAAGAAGAAACGAUCGCUGGAACAAGGGCUUUAUUCGUCUGGCGUUUCGGACUCUCACUUGAACCCAUCAUCAGAGACAGUAGCAGAAAAGGGUGACUCGUGCACUGGAAGUUGCAGUAUUUAUAGGAUACAGUCAAUAUGCUACCGCGUGCCUGCUGCAAUUAACCGCCCUCCCCUUCAUCAAGGAUUGUUGCCCGCUGGUGCGCUAUGGACAGUUCGACCAUCGGUUUCGAUGAUGUCCACCGUGUGCCCCACAGUUGCAGCAGCAAUGGGAGCAGGGACGGUGACUUACGCAGGGGUUUAUAGUGCCGGUAGACUUGCGUAGCAUCUACCUACACUCUCUCCUCCUCCCUCGCCCGAGCCCGGUGUCAAGACAGUGUCAAGAAGACCGGAGACGAGAGAGGCCGCAGGUGGAUGGCUCGGACGGAUCCUCACCUUGGCGUUCCACCACACCCCCUGGCCCACACAACAAAUAACCAGGAUUUCAACCAACACAAGAGAGAUUUGGAGGCUGGCACGGCCGAAGCCGCACCUGGGCGUGCCGCCAACGCCUGGCUCGGAUCCCACACUGUGAUGGGAGUGCCAUAAAGGCCACAUUAAAAAGGAGCCAUUGCAGCCUGACUCUCAGACCGCCUCCGGUCAAGGAGGAGGUCCAAGGUACCCCGUCAGUUGGCAACCUUCCAAGCCACGGCUUUUAGCGCACCGUGAUAGCUUCAAGCGCGUCAGAUUGUUUAUAGUGAGGAGAAAGUGCGCUGAGUCGUCGACCUCACUCUCCCUUCCCACUCCCACACCCCAGCCGCUGUCCGAGCCGGUCAGCAGACUGGAGUGGGGAAUGGGCGCGGUGGCUGUCAUGGUCGACUGACCAUGACUGCGCGCGCCACGGCACGACCUGGCCCCCCAUACACACAAAACCAGGAUUUCACACAACGGGGGUUGAACGGCGUGUCUCUCACUUGCGUGAGAGUGCCGUGGAAGAUGCGGUUUCAGCCCGUUCCCAGCUCACCAGUCCGCCACUCCACACAACACACACACAACGCGACGAACUGCGUGAACCGAGAGCGGGCGUCAAUCAGCAACCUUCCUAUCCACGACGCUUGACGUGCUGAAAUCUUAUCACCCGUAUUGCAUGCUGACGUGAUGAUUGUCUGGCAAUCUGGCUCAUGGGCUUGCGCCUAACGGCCUCGUAGACGUUCUUGAUGUACGGGAUCGCUCGCCAGAAUUUGGAGUCGGCACGGUUUUGUCGCUCGUCUUGUUUGCGCGUGCACUGGUUAACAAAGUUGUGUGAGUAACUAUUUUCUCUAAAAACACGUCGAAGAUAUUGGAAUUCGGCAACCUUGUCUUCCGGUUCACUGCAGUGCGUGUCAACACGCCGAUAUAGCGUUCUUAGGCAACAGCGUUCGGGGCUGAUUGGGUGGUUACCGUUGAAGUUCAGUAUUUGUGUCCUGUUCGUCGCUUUUCUGAAGGAGGAAAAAAAUAACCAGCUGGUAUUCCUUGACGUCCUCGUCUGUCGCAAAGAUUGUGGUGGCCUGUAGACCAGAGUGUCCAGAAAAGCGACAAACACGACGCUUUGACUUUUGAAGAUGCCAAAAAUGCUGACCUCGGAGGAAGGAGUACCGAUAAGGACAGGGGAAACGGGGAUGACUACUUCAGACCUUUCAGCCGUCAUCAGCCAGCCAUACCAAGUUCCAGGCCUGCGGAACCUGUGAUUCGAGCUCGGAUUGGACGUUUAUAAGUCCGCAAUGUCUAUGUAGUGAGUGUGCUCCGACCUUCGUUUUGGAGGAGUAUUAGGGGAAAGCCACCAGUAGAGGUCGUGCAUUUUGCACCGAAACCCCCAAGGCCUGCGCUCGCGUCCGUCCGCUAGCGUGAUGUGUGCGUGCAUGAAUAAGCGCCGCGUGAGAGUCAGUCAGUGUCCGCUUGGUGGUUGGUGGACACCUGUGAUUGGCUGUCCCCGAGGCUGCCUGUGUGUAUGUCUGGGCCGCCCGGGGGGCAUGAUCACGCGAUUUUUAGCACAGCGUAGGUGUCGCAAGCGAAAGCCUCAUAGCCCUGCCAUUGAGUUCACAUCUUCAUUGGCUCUUAAAAAUUCCAACCAGACUGCGCCCUUCUAGUCGUCCACAAACUCAGUUAGGCAGUGAUUCACUUAACAUUUGUGGUGUCGGGCGGCUUCGCCGAGGGAUAGUUUCCCUUAGUUCCACCCACCCCCGUUUGCUCCGAAUGGCGUCAGGGCAAAACUUUACGGAAUAGCGGAUAACAGUCGUCUGUCGCCAUGUCACCGAGGUCCUGUGACCCCUUAGUGCGCAAGCCAUUUGUUUUAUUGUCGCCCAGCCACUCUAUGCUCCGUGACUGGCGAUUCAAUUGUGCGAAUAAAAUACUCAUUUCUCAGCUGGCCUUCGCUGAACGCUGUUAAAAUCCUCCCACCCCCCUUCCCGGGUGGUCGCGCCCGAUAGCCUGCAUUUAAGCGAGGUUCUUUACAAGCGUGCGGCUUACCGCAUCUUCGACCUCAGGAACAAAAAUGUUCUUCUCAAGUUUCGCUUCCGGAGAUGUCCACGAAACCCUUGAUUUGCAUUUUAUCAACCCAGAUUCAGCUUUCUGUCAGGCGGACAAGAUGGUGCGGAAGUAGACCCUUGGACUAACCAGGCGGACUUCAUUUAUAUAUCCAAAAUCUGUAUGAGAAUCCUUUGAAAGUCCGCGAGAUUCCCAUCCGAUGAGUCAUUCUGUACUACCGUGUCUCAUGGUCGGUGCCGUCUCUAUUUGAUAAAUCUCUGGAUUUUCCAUUCGACGGCUCUUUUCAGUUGUUCAGGAACCAAACAGGUGGAUUGUGUCCUCAUUCUCUGCAGAUUUUGUUGAACCCAACUGAAGGCGCAGUUGUUAUCCGGACUCUGAUCUCUCGCUAAGGUAGAUUUGACUAGUGACGAUACAAUAACGUUCGUUAUUGUCAGCAAACCAGCUGGCGCCGGACAGAAUGGGAUCCACCAAGAUUCCAGUCACAACAGAUGUGGGUUACACGCCCACUUGAAAAGUCUGCCGUGCCCGCUUGAAUAGCUGUGUUUUUCUUUCCUCCCAAUACUCAAUGGAAUACUGUUCCGCGCGCGCGUCACAUCACGAUUUGUUGUAUAUCUAACUUUCCCCAUACAGUAUCAUUGUCCAUUGGAGGCCUUCUACUCUCCCGCCCCAUCCCAUCACUGUCGUUUAACAGUAAAAGCACGCUUACGUGGAUAAGGUGGUGCCGACAAAGACAAGGAGACCUGAAUGGCCAUUCAUAGUUUUAGUCCUGUAUUUAUCGAUACCACCUUACCUACCUAUACUACUAGUCGCUAUGCGACUGCCUGCGAAGGUUCAAGUUUGGGCCUUAGAGCACAGCGUUACGAGCACAUUCCGUGGCCUGAUCGAUGAAGGUCAAUCUACUAUAACAUGCCUACGCAUUUAGAUUUCAGUAGUUGUGUUUUUCUGACAGUUUUUUUUCACGGUCUUUGUCCCGUUGUAGGUGAAUAGUGAGGCAGCCUGCAGUUUUCCGGACGCGGCUGACAACAUUGCCUGCAACCUGAGAGCCAUGGCCAACGCGGCGAUGGCCGGAGACCUCUGCUUCGAUCGCAAGGGUCGCCCAUGCAACUUCGCCUGUUCAGCCUGCCCUCGGCGUUUUGCCUUCCAGUGUCGACUGGCCGCUCAUAUGCGCUGCCACGCCAACAUCAGACCCUUCAUCUGUCCUGACUGUGGUCGCGCCUUCACCCAAAAGGGCUACCUAGUGCGACACGGUGCCGUGCACAAGCUGGAUCGGCCAUUUGUUUGUAACCUCUGUGAGCGCGCCUACAAGCAUUACGGGUCACUUGUCAACCACCGGCGCACGCAUUCCAAGCAGGGUGAUGAUGAGGAGACCUGCGGCGGCGUCGACGACGACGGUGGCCAAGCAGCCGCCGUGGCAGCUGCCCUCCUUAGCUCCACCGGGAGUAGAAGCGUGAGCAGCCGACGCAGCGGCGCGAGGAAUCGCAAGGCCUCCCGCGUCGCUGGUGCCUCCAUCAUCACCAACAAUAUGCAUUUAGCUGUCAGUGGUGUUGGCGAUGUUAACCACCUGCAUGCCAAGGUCAGUGCCCCUUUCCCAUACAGUAAGUAGUUACGCAAGUUUGUGUCCGACCCACUUGUUUACCAUCUUGCCGUUGCCGAGCUCGAAAUCUUCAACUUUCACAUCUACUUAGCAUAGGAAGGCAGGCCGCAGCUUGGAGGGGAGUUUGCAGAAUGCGAUAUGUGAAUUAAAUGUUGAAAUUAAACCAGUUUUUUUACCGACCGUUGGCAUAUUUCCUGGACUGGUUGACAGAUACACCUCUUCUUGUCAGUUGCAGGGUUUUUCACCUAUCUGACUACAGUACGAAACAGGCUCUUCUUUCUGUACCUUAAAGCUCAAUUUAGAGUCCUUACAGGCUGAUGAAUUUCGGCCCAAAUAUUCAUACAUUAAAUUCCUGGUCUGAGCCUGUAGACCUUGAAUAAACGGAUCUACUCCAAGUUCACAGAAAAUUUCUGAGGAAAUUAAAAAGCGACAGUUACGUAAGUGUCAUUAGUGGUGCAUUAUAUCAGUCAGUAUAUUUGGAAUAGAUGACAGAAUACAUAAAAAAUAAUGAUGAAACACAAAUGCAAAAAAAUGCGAACUAACGGCGAAAAACACGUUCAGUGCAUUCCCGCCCUGGAAAUCCUCAUCCGGGUCAAAGUUAAUGUACACAAAAGGAUCUGCUGAAAUUAUGUUAGUAGUAUGUUGAUAGUCAUUUUAGUAAUUCACCACAUGGGGUUUGGGGAGUUUGGACCGCCUUUUUAACAGGUAAUUAUCCAGAUGUCUCUUGAACACACGGUAGGGGAAUUUAUAACAUACGUCGGCAAAGAAUUCCAUCGGUGAAUGACUCUGCGAGAAAACAGAGGAACGUUGAUUGGUGUGGCACAGUUUCUUUUUUAGGCUGGCAAUCGUGUCGUCAGAGAUUAGUCAUUGAUGCCAUUUCCUAUGAAAUAGAACAAAAUAUCAUUGUCUACCACCAUUUUACAGCAGAUUGCGUCCUUAGAUUUAUGGCUUGAAGAGAAGUGAACUGUUUUUUUUGCAAAAAAACUUCUGUUGUUUCCGUAUUUUUCGAAGUAGGAUUCCUGCCUCUACUUUUUGAAUUUUGCAGUUUACCUACUUUUCAUACUUCCUGAAAACACCUCUAGGCCUUCUUUCGUGUUCACGCAGAAGGACGUCUCAAAAGUAGUAUACUAAGAGACUAUGCUCGAAACAGCCGUUCUAGCUUGUGGGCACGAGCAGAAAGACCUAAGGAUAUUAUUUCGCACGGGAAGGAAGCACCAAGUCUCCAAAGUUUUCCGUUUUGUGCAGAAACUUUCAUCCGCUAAAGGACCUCGAGAAACAGACGUUUUGAUCAUUCCUUCAAGUGCAGUUGUUAGUCUCUGUGUGCGUGACUAUUGAAAUUGGGCAAUUGGCAAAGUUCUUAAUAAAACCGUGAGCGCUGUUUUCUACUCGGCUUCCGCUGUAUGCUUUCCGUAGUGUGGACUAACCUGGCAUUAUUCCAUUUGUUACUGUGACCAUCGACGGACGGUCGCCUCAGAUAUAGCGUUACAUGGGAGCGGGCAUAUGACUAUCCCGUGCUGUUCUUUGCGUCGACUGUCGAACCCCUGGGGAGGCGUGGUACUGAAUUGCGUCGAAAAGCCGCAGUGGACUCCACGAUAAGCCAUUUAGGAAAGUGGAGACGAACACACGAAUCACAAGUCCUUUUUGCAAAGAAGAAGAAGGCGCGAUCACUGGAACGGUGGGUUUAUUAGCCUGUGCUUUUGCUGGUAAGGAGCCGUCGCCGCUACUAAUUGGGGUCCCACUUACACGCUGGACAAAGGCAAUAAGUUCGGAGGUUGAUUUACGUGGCCGGUGUAAAUAUUAGUUUGGUUUAAAUAUUAGUUUGAAACAAUCUCGCUGAACUCAGGCCUAGCAGAUGCAUCAUCGAAUGCUCCAUUCACCGCACCCCACCUUAGGGCUUCAGACGCUGUAGCAGUAUGGGAUCCUGCGUGGUCUGGUAGUUGUUGAGCAAAGGCCGAUGGAUCGAGUGAUUGGCUGUGGCUGAAAGUCAGGAGGCGGGCUUCUCCCUCUUACGGACAGUUUCACACUGACAGAUAGUCGUGGGACCUUCAGGUGUAAUUGUUGCAAGCAUCUUGGUCGAAAUUCUGGAACCACGACAUAUUACUAGUAUGGGCCCAAAUUGAUGCCGCCUGCGUGGCUUUUACAAUCCACGGUUUUCUGAUCGACUCCCUCCCAUUUUCUUUGCCACAGGUUAAUGAUGACCUCGGUAGUCUGAACCACGUCCAAGAGGCGUCUGUCUUUGGGCUCACUGCUUCCGCUGCCGCCUCUUCGGCGCAGUCCGCAGCUUCCUGCACGCAGUCUCGUGGCCUCACGACUAUGUCACUUUGGCCGCAGAACGCCUUCGUGCCCAACCUGCGCCAGCACUCAAGUAGCCUAUUCGCAUCCCCCCUUCCUUCCACGCAAUCCCACUCCGCCUCCGGGGCUAUGUACUCGGGCGUGGGCAAGAUGCCGCUGGUUACAAGCGCCACGUACUCCCAGGCGCCGCCGCCGCCGCCUCUAGCGUCAGCUGCACAAAAAGCGGCCGGUCUUCAGUCCUCGCCAGGCCUUUCGGCUUUUUCCGGCGCUCAUCAGUUCGAUGGCCAUCUGAAGGAGACGACCACUCAGUCAAUGCUGCAGUUCAUCCAACCUCACCAGGGCAUCUUCCUGCGACCCUAUUACUUCCCGCCACCACCACCGCCGCAUCGAUGA